AUGUGGUAUUGUAUGACUUGUGAAAUAUCUACGCUGCCAGCCCUAUACGCCGUUCUCAUGACUGGAUUAAUCGGGUUCCUGGUGGUACUCUACAUAUGGCUUUCGAUGCGUAAAGGGACGCGUUUCGUACGGCAUUAUCCUCCGCCAGAUAUCAACCUUCUGGACAAGCCAUAUGAAUCCGCUGAUCCAAAUGAGCUGCUCAGCUUCUGCAAUAAAGGCCAAUGUAAUGGGGCUUGGAAGCCUCCAAGGACACAUCACUGUUCAACUUGCAAUGUUUGCCGGUUGGACUUUGAUCACCAUUGCCCUUGGCUAGGCAAUUGCGUCUCGCUGGGCAGCAUGAAGGAGUUUUUAUACCUCCUCUUUUUUGUGCCACUGGUUUUUCUACUCGGAAUCUCUCCCGCUGCCAGCAUCCUUUACUCGCAGGCGAGACUGGCGUAUGGUGUUUCAAUGGCCGAUCCUUGGAUCAACGACGUAUGGUGGAGUUGGUACGCUUCGUGGAUUGUGUUUUGUGGUCCACUGGGACGACCUGUUAUUGGGACUCUUUUGGGAUACCGGGUUCUCAAGGACUCUCGUGUCCCUUCUAGCGGAUAUGGACAAAUGUUGGAACAGCCGCAUAUGAGAGUAUCCAUCGUGGCUCUGGUAGCAUUGAUCAUGAGCAUCUUUGCUAUGGGCUUGGGAGUGUCAACGUUGCGUAACUUGCUUCGAGGCCGGACGACGCUUGAGACACUCAAAGCGCGCGCAUAUCGCAAUAAAUUUGUUGUCAUACCUGCGGUCAACGCUGCAGACUCGGAAACUGGCUCAAUAGCCGACAUGCGUAAAGUAAUCACAGUACCACCCCAGGAAAAUCUGUAUAUCCUCGAUUGGACGAAAUUGUGGGGCAAGCCCCUGUUUACGUGCUCAGCUUAUGAUAGCAGUAGUGAAUAUUUAUGGCCCACGGUUAACCCGAAUAUUAUACACCAAGCACGAAACAAAGAUAAAUAA